AUGAAAAACAUGUGGAGAUCAGUAGCCAAGUAUGCUAGACAACACAUCAUCCAGUCCGAUCCUUCCAACCUCAAAUCCAUUUUAGAAUUAUGGCAUAUGAGACUAUUAGCGCUGACCAAACUAGGACUCUAUCAGCUAGCAACAGCCGAACUUGAAAAACUAGGCGACCUGAACCGAUCUGAGCUACGAGACCCGGUGACCAAAGAGUCGAUGGUUCCGUUUGCUCUCUGGAUCCUCUGGGCACGUCUGCCGUCCUUUUUAAAAUACCCUAACGUGACGCUAGAGAGGCUGACGAUGUUGGCAGCCAAGUGUAAGAGGAUGCAACAGAGAGAUCCUGUAUGGGAACGACGAGAGAUCCAGACGUACCUGGUGAUCGCGUCACACUGGAUCGCCAUUCAAAACUACUCGGCGGCGGCGAGUACGAUGGAAGACGUGUUGAAGAAACGACCUGAUCAGGUCGAUGUCCUCUCUGGUUUGGGUAGACUCUAUCUCCAGAUGGGCGAUGUUGGUUCGGCAACAAAUAUGUUUGAGCGUAUAGAGCAGUUGAUAAAACAAGAUGAGGCAGUGAUCAUCAACAAGGCGUUCACGUCCAUGGCAAAGGGUGAAUGGAGUCAAGCAAGAGAUUUGUUGGAACAGGUGCAUCAAUCCAAUAAGGACAAUUUGCUCGUCAUGAAUAAUUUAGCCGUUUGUGAGAUCUAUUUAGGAAACUUGGUCAAGGCGAUUGAAAUUUUAGAGACAUUGACAAUGAAGAAUCCAACAUCAGCUGGAAUAUGUGAAUCCAUCGUCAUGAAUCUUUGUACUUUAUAUGAAUUGAGAUAUGAGGAUUCAACGGAAAAGAAGGUGGAAAUAAUGAAGCAAGUAGCCACCUGGGCAGGUGAUUCUUUCCAGUCAGAGUGUUUCAAGCUUCAAUAA